ACAAAAUAGUCGCUGACAGCUGAACAAAAAUUUAAUAAUGAACCACCAUGACCUCAAUUCAUCAUUUCGACAAAAUACCACAAACUACAGAAUAGUUAGGUUAACGUAGCGUCUGCCGUUCGCAGUUAUCACUAUGGUUGUCGUGCGACGACAAAAUACCGUCGACAAAGUUGAAAAUUAUGAAGUUCUCAAGCCAACAAAGACAGAAAAUGUUAAAGACCCUGCCCGUUCUAUGCAACUGCAGCAGCUGGGGAAAGUUUUGUCAAAACUGGCUAGACAAUGUUUCAAGUGCUGUUGGUAUUUGAUUAAAUGUCUGGCUUGUACCUUUAUCAUGUUCUGUAUAAUAACGAUCCUCUUCCCUGCUCUCCUUGUGUAUAAUGUUUUACGGCUUUUUGAGAAAAAAUGGUCAUAUCAUGUACAUGGUUGGAUUGCAAUGAGUGGCCAGGAUUCAUUGUGGUUACAGGACAAUAAAGGCAACAGAAUGAUCAUCAACUCAGCUAUAGUAGUUAAGUGCGACAAUAUACCACAGUUGGUUAGUGGAUUGCAAACAAUCCUUCAAAGAUGCCUUUUAAAGGUAGACAAGAAAGGUCAUAAAACUUACUCUAGACUUAAAAAUUAUAUCCAUUGUGGUGUAUUUCAGUAUUUCUUACGAGAGUGUGACACAUUUGAUUUGAAGCACCAUGUAUAUCAAUAUCAAGGUGCAACUCCAAAUUCACAUGAAGAAAUGCAAUCACUCUUCUCAACAAUGAGUGGAGAAGAAAUUAGCUUUGAACAACCCCCCUGGCAUUUUGUUGUCAUUCCUAAGACAUAUGAGGAAAGCAAUGAAGCCAUAAUAUUUUUUCGUUGUCAUCAUGGUGUAGCUGAUGGCAUUUCUUUGACAAGAUUCUUGCUAGCAGAGUUUCCUGAUGAAACAAUACUUGAAAAGAAAUUAGUUAAAUUCUCAAGUGUGCAUAGAAACCUGAUGUUACUUAAUGGCUUGCUGUGUGGUGCAAAGAUACUUUUGGAGAAACUUCUCUACCCUCAAGAUAACUCCAUCAUACAUGGUAAAUGUCCAAUUGGUCAAAAGAAAAUGGCUUGGAGUCAGCCAAUCAGCUUACAACAGGUGAAAAACAUAAAGAAUUACACUGGUACUACAGUGAAUGAUGUUCUUAUGUCCUGUGUUUCAAUGAGUUUCCACGAUUAUUUCAAAGCUCAUGGUAUUUCGCAUCCUCCAGAUGUCACAGUUUCAGUACCAGUUGAUGUCCGUUCUGGUGAUCAACCUUUUGCAUUGGAAAACAAUUUUGCCAUUGUUUCUCUUAGUCUUCCCGUCAGUAAGGAGGAUGCAUUAGAAAGCCUUGAUGAAACAAAACGACAAAUGGACUUAAUCAAACAUUCUGGUGAAGCUUUUGUUUUUUCUGUUGGUGGAAAUCUUACUAUGGAAUAUUUUCCUGAGGUGAUCACAAAUCUUUGGACUAAGCCAAUAGCAAACAAGCACUCCUCUGUGUUGUCAAACGUACCUGGACCUCAACAUGAGUUUAGCAUUGCGGGCAACAAGGUGACACAGAUGUUCUUUACACCCCCCCAGCGAGAUUUAGUAGGUAUUGGAGUCGGCCUGUAUAGUUAUGCAGGGCAGUUCUCAAUUGCUGUUCAAUCAGACAAGAACUGUUUGGAUGAUCCCAAGUUCAUUGUAAAAUCAUUUGAGUUGCGUCUUGCUGAGUUGCACAAGACUGUUUCAAGUAUGAACAAACAAACUGAAUUUGACAGAGGUACUUAAUAGAUGAUAUAUUAAGUAAUUAAUAAACAAUUAUGACCCAUUAUUAAAGUCUUUUUAAAAAUAUUGGCAUGACUUUAGUGCUUUAAUUUUGUACUAUUAGAUAACAAUAAGCAAUCUGGCAUACAGCAAUAAAGGGAAUGGAGCUUACUUAUUAUUUUCAUUUAGGGUAAAUACAAAACUAAAUAUUGAAAUUUGUAAUUUGUUAUAGGAAUACUGUUUUAUGACUUUGUGAUCUAUAUAAGAAUUUCUCUUACUGCCUUGUACAAAAAUUUCACCUCUAUUCAUCAAUAAACUGGGGAUGUGCAGAAUAAA